ACGAAUUGCUUACAUUGUAUGAUAUACUGAUUACGGUGUCUGUUCCACCAGAUGUGAUACUUACAAAUGUGCGCAAAUGCCCAGAAAAUUAUUCUUGAAUACUCCUAAAUACAUAAAUGGAUGUUAUUGAUGUUGUUGUUUCAAUUUUGUUAUUAGUUUCUGUUGAUUAUGACAAAUUCGAUGUAUGGGUGUAUAUAUAAGCAAGAUCGAUUGCAAACAAAAUUUAUUGACACUUAAAUCAGCCAAAAAAACAGUUAUCCUUCUCCUGAUAUAUGAUUGGCAAAAUCACCAACUAUUCUUUUCAUCAAAACAUUGAGCAAGUAAUAGUACUUUGGAGGGGGUAAAGAAUCACAGGGUUCUAGAAGAGAGAUAGGACUAGAAUCGAACUAGACUGAUUUUUGGCCAGUGAAUGUUACAUGCCAUUCCUACAACUAAAUUUUUUUGGGUAUAUAUUUUAAGAACGAAACUUUUUUUAGUAAAUAAUAUUUUGAAUAAUAUGAUAUUAUAUUUAUAUUUUAUAUUGUUUAUUUUAAAUAUGUACUGAAAAAUAUAUCUCUAUUAGUCUCUACUCAAGAAAACUCUUAGUUUGGUCCCUACGUAUAAAAAAAUAUUGAAUUGAUUCUAAUACGAAUAAAAUAGUCCCUUAUGCAUUCUUUAUUUGCUUUGAUUCAUUUAUAUGUAAUACAUUCUUGAUUUGGUUCGUAUUCUAUAACUUUUUUUUUUGUACCUUAUAUGUAAAGAUUGACAAGUUGUUGGUCAAAUUUAGUUCUCUUGUCUCAAAUCUAGUCUUCUGGAUGUAAAAAGAAGUAAUUGAAAUGAGAAUUAUAAUCAAGGUGACUAGUCAGAUUUUAACAAAUGUAUUAGCCAUGAAUAACCUAUUCAAGGGUUGUUGGAAUUUUUCGAAGUUUUGUUAUUUGGAGUUUCGAAAGAGUGGCUGGUCACAUUAUGUUUUUGGGUUUUGUGAUUUUUAGUGAUUAUUUGACAUUGGAUUUGUCGGGAUCUUGAAACCUUGUGUGAUGAAUAUACCAUAAAAUGAUCUUUGGAUUUGUCCAAAGUUGUUGGAAUUCAUUUAAUUGUUGUACUAGGCUUGUUUUGGUUUUGGCAGGUUUCAUAUAACAGGAUUGUAUGGUGGUGGAAUAUGGGUAUCCUUAAAUAUUGCCGAAGAUGUGGAAGGUUUUGAUCCUUUUGUACAGAUUGGAGAACAAACAGGAACAGAACAACCAGAAAGUAUUUUGUCUCUCCAAUCUCUUGAACUUUAAGAGAACAGUCAUGGACAGACGCACGAACACCACCAGGCCAGUAGUGUUGUCUUCCUCUUCCAUCACUGGCACCACCACCAUAACAAUUCAAAACUCUGAGCCAUCUACCUCUUCAUCUCAGCACCAACAACAACAACCAGAAGAAGUACUUUUCCUCCCCCUCAAUCGCAAGAAGAAAAAGGUCAGUUGGAAAGAGGGCACCGUGGACAAUGAGUUCAUGCAGAAGAAGAGUUCCAAAAGGUGUUGUAUCUUCCAUAAGGAGAAGCCCUUUGAUGAAGAUGACAGCGAUGAAGAUGAACAUCACUAUGACGAACACCCUCACGAUACUGGGUUUUGCUGUAAGAAUCAUGAUAAAGCUGGCCCAAGCACCUAGAGAAUUGAUUAAUGAAACCUAAAACAUAUAUUUGUAGAGUAAUUGGUGAAAUCGUUGAACUUAGGUUUGCAACUCGAUAAUUAUUUAAUUUCGGUUGCAAUUAUAAGAUUAUGACAUUGACACUAGAAGAUGUUUAGUUUAAAUUUGAGUGUCACAAAUAAUUGCCUACUUUAGUAGUGAAUAAGAGUUUCACUAAUUUUUGUCUCAA